CCGAGCGACAAAGUUCCUUGUCUUUGACCAGAGACCAUAGCGCGGACGGGCGGACGAUAACAGCAUCCUCUGCUGUUAUUCAGCCUUCACAUCUCAAUGAACUGUUUGCAGAGAAAGCACUGAUCGUGCCUCCUGCUUUGGCAGGGCAGAGAUACUGAUCAGUGUCUGAAUAUUACAUUAUUCGUUUUCUUAAGAGAUUAUUUUCAUAGACUUUUAUUUUUAGGGCUCUGUAUAGGAUACCCUCCACCAUGGUGCUUGGAAAGGUGAAGAGCUUCAUUGUAAGCUAUGACUGUCUUAAUGACAGCAAUGUCCCCGUUUUCUCAAGCGGGGACUCCGUCUCAGGGAGAGUUAUCAUCGAAGUCACCGGAGAAAUCCGGGUGAAAUCUCUGAAAAUCCACGCGAAAGGAUUUGCAAAAGUUCGUUGGACUGAAUCACGAAAUGCUGGAUCCAACACUGCCUAUACGCAAAAUUACACAGAAGAAGUGGAAUAUCUAAAUCACAGAGACAUCCUAAUUGGGCACGAAAGAGAUGACGACAACUCGGAAGAAGGACUCACCACUAUCCAUUCAGGAAGACACGAGUAUGCAUUUAGCCUUGAGCUUCCACAGACACCUUUGGCUACCUCUUUUGAAGGGAAGCAUGGCAGUGUGCGUUACUGGGUUAAGGCAGAGCUACACAGACCCUGGCUCCUGCCCAUGAAGACCAAGAAGGAAUUCACCGUCUUCGAGCACAUCGACAUCAACACUCCCCUACUUCUGUCACCACAGGCUGGCACGAAAGACAAGACUCUAUGCUGCUGGUUCUGCACCUCAGGUCCAAUCUCCUUAAGUGCCAAAAUAGAAAGGAAAGGAUACACCCCAGGAGAGUCGAUCCAGAUCUUCGCGGAGAUAGAGAACUGCUCCUCCCGCAUGGUGGUGCCGAAGGCGGCCAUCUACCAAACCCAGACCUUCUACGCCAAAGGGAAGAUGAAGGAGGUCAAGCAGCUGGUGGCCAAUCUACGCGGCGAGUCGCUGUCCUCGGGCAAGACGGAGACGUGGAGCGGCAAGAUGCUGAAGAUCCCGCCCGUGUCCCCCUCCAUCCUGGACUGCAGCAUCAUCAGGGUGGAGUACUCCCUCAUGGUGUACGUGGACAUCCCCGGAGCCAUGAACCUGUCCCUCAACCUACCCCUGGUCAUCGGCACAAUCCCUCUGCACCCGUUCGGCAGCCGCACGUCCAGCGUUAGCUCCCAGUGUAGCAUGACCAUGAGCUGGCUGGGCAUGGCCUUGCCCGAGAGACCUGAAGCUCCGCCCAGCUAUGCAGAGAUCGCCACUGAGGGGCAGAGAUGGAGCAGCCGGGAGGUCUCCUCCUCCAGGGACGAGUGCGAGGGACCCCUCUUUGCCUACAUCCAGGAGUUCCGCUUCCAGCCUCCUCCUCUCUACUCCGAGAUUGAUCCCAACCCUGACCACAUCAGCCGGACCGAGGAGCGCAGGGCCGACACCUGCCCCUCGCGCUGAGAGAAGCCCCCUGACCUCCGCCCCGAGACGUCGGGCGACGACCCAGCAACAGCCAGUUCCUUGUUUAUUUCUCCCGGCGAUAGGGUUUCGCAGUCCACCGUCGGCGUCGAGAGAAAAACAAACCCACUAAAACAAACAGACAUGGACAAACAUCGCGGCGGGCUAGACACAGCUCCUCUCCCCUCCCCUCAGCGAGAGGGACAGGAAGUCCCGACGGAGAAGAAGCACUUCUGGUCUCCCCGCCCUCCUGUGGGAUGGGCGGACAACUUCCUCCCCACCCCGAGACAGCCCCCAUGUAGUGGAGACAGCCCUGGUGGUAGAAGUAGUGAUGAGGGUGGAAAAACGGCAGGACCACCAGGGGUUCUAGUCGAUCCAUCUAGCUCUUCGACCCCUGUUUCUUCUGUAACCACGGCCCAAAAGGACAUGGCUCUUUCGCACGGAGCAGUACUAUCAUGUUAAGACCCGAGCAGAAUGAGAACAGAACAGGAAGAAGAGAAGGAAAACCGUAUAACCACCACUUGUCUGUCCGCGCGCUGCGGCAGUCAACAAAGGAGCGCACCCACCUCCUGCCUCGAGAGUUCAUAUUCUAUUUUUUUUUUUUGCACACGUUAUUCUUUGCUUGAGUUGUGUAGCUCGAUUGAGACAGAGACAAAAUAAUCACUAUUUGUUUGGCUCCAGCUUGAUAGUAUAACGCUGGCCUAAAAGAGACUGCAGACUUAUCUCCUAGACUCCCCACCCACACAACUUUGAACAACGAAGAGAACAUAUUUGGAGGAACGCUAGACUGAAAAGGACAAAUGUGAUGCACUGACUUUGUUUAAGCUGUUACGAUGUUUGUUCUUUUCCUUUUCAUCCCUCGACUUUUCCUUAAUGACAUGCAGACACUGCAACCGCACACUCUCCACCCCGACGCUCUCUUUAACGUUGCCUCUUUAGCUUGGAUCCAAGUGUGGCUUCUUAUGUUUCUCAUUGCGAUGUCAAUGUUUUUUUUAUCUAGUCUUAAACGUAGCAUGCCUUUCAGCCAAUCAUUGUUUGCUUCGUGUUUGCGUUGUCCAUGAUCUAAGGUAAUUAGAUGCAGGUGUGCACUCGCCCCGCCAGAUGUGUUUGGUGCUUGGAUGUCUGAUGUGUGUGUGUGUGUGUGCGCAAGUGUGACAGAGAAAGGGCAGGACAUAGGAUGUCCAGUUCCCCCCCAAACACCUGCAGCUUCUUCAUCUUCAGCUCAGAGCAAUGCAGACAUAUUACUGCCUAAAGAAAAGCACUGUCCUAGGUGGUCUCACUUGCCAAACAGUUGGAAAAGGAAAAAAACAAGAUGUUCAGUUUGAUUUGAAAUUGCACUGUUUGAAAUAGUGAAAAUACUUUCUUUUUUUUCCUUCCUAAAAGUAUACUACCAAAUCAAAAGAGGAGACACACAAAAGCGAGGCAGCUUUCUAAGACAAACUACAUUCCCUUUUUUUUUUUCUUUUUUUGGUCCUGCUGCACUUGCCAAACUCAUUCACCGACUAUUAGAUUUUCCAGACCAGUGAAGCCAGAAUGCUUGAUAUCAAAAAGAAAAGGAGACAAUUUGAGCUGCUCCAGAGAAGCAGUGCCAGCUAAGUCAUCGCUGAGGAAGACAAACAUGCCACAUCUCUGCUCCGACUGGCCAGAACAAGUAGUCCUAGGUUGACAAGAGUAAUACAUUGGUUUUCAAACUCUGUCAACAGUUAAACCAGCAAGAGCGGAGAUUGAGCAUCGAUAAACACAACGCACUUUUUUUUAUAGAAAAAAAAAAGAAAAUAUAGCAUUCAUGGUGAAGGUCUGGAAAAAGUUUGGUAUUCACAUCGAUAACAAAUGAGAAAUUGCAGUUAAGCAGUCGCAUGUCGGACACAAAUGCAUUAUUUAAUAUCCUAAGAUUAGAAACAAUUUUUGUGUUUACAUGUUUACAAGCAUAAGUAGAUGACAAGUGUAUAUGUCGCGUGUGCGUGUGCUUUGUCAUGAUCCAAGUAGCAACUUCGAGACGACUUCUGACCGUAACCAAUUAACCAUACAUUGAAAGUGAUCUUAUCUUAGUGGCCUUGACACAGGACAGACCUAAUUAUGAUACGUCAGUAAUGCACGUGUGUAGAAAUACUAAUUAUCUUCCUAUUUCCCCCCCCCCCCUUUCCUUUUACUUGUUUGUCUGAGCUUGUGGGUUUUGUCACGGUUUUGAAAGGGACUACAAAGGGAAGAAAAUUCAAAAGUCAUUUUUUAAGCGUGUGUUAGAAAAUGAAUGAUUCCCUAAGUCAAGCCUCUUUGAUAUGGUGUUUCAGUAGUGAUGACUAGGCUAUUUUAUGUACUUGGGCAUUGAUGUUUUUUUCCCCCCAGUCAGAUAACCGUAUUCAGUUGUGUUGUAUUUCCCUCUCAGUUGAAGGGGGGUCUACUGUUGAUCAGCCACACCCCCCUUCAACUGAGAACAAAAUGAGCUAAUAAUAUGGACUAGACCGCUAUAUAAUCACUAUCAUGUAAUUCAGCUUGUUUUUUUGUUUUGAUUAUAUGCUAGGGAAUCUGUAUCAAGCUAAAAAUGAAUAAGCUUAACAAUACGUUUCAGGUAGGUCAAUUCCAGGGUCCAUUCCUUGGGCUUCAGUGUAGUCCAGUGUUAAAGCUAAACUCCUGACUUGAUAAGUUUGGAACUAGAAAAAUUCGAGACAAAGUGCAAUAUUACUCAUUUGAAUUUGUUUCAUUCACCAUUUGUAUGUUUAUUUUUUCUCUUGUCUUUAGUUGAAUAUUGAUCAGAAUAGAUAUUGUAUGAUACACUUUCUGAAUGAUUUAAACCCUUUUGUCUAGUUCUUCCUUUGAGAUGAAUAAAAUUUUGUUCGCAAUUUAAA